UCUUCAGUGUCGUUUUUGGUGCGCACCGAUAUUUUUGUUUACCUAGCAACAGGAGACAGCUGCGGCGCGGUGUUCAGCAAAUCUAAGCGUCACUGUUGCCACUUAUUAGUCUCCGCAAAAGAGCUCCGAUGUCUUUUCCAGCAUCAUCUAAAGCUUGCGGGCUGCAGACGUGCCAUGGCUCCGACGAUGAGGAGACUUUCUACAUGCACUGCAGGGCUGCCUACCUCGCCGUGUUCAGAUCUAGUUUGACAAAUAUCGCCUCCAAACAGCAGUUAUAUCGUGUUCUUCAGCAGGCCGGUAGAAAUCCAUCCCAUGCCACUCUCAAUAAAUACUGGACCCCAAGAACGUCAAAACUGAACUUUGAUGAUUUCUGUGAGAUUCUCAAGUGUGAGAAGAAGACGGAUGCAAAUGAGCUGAUGAGGGCUUUCAGAAAGAUGGACGUGAAUGGGGAUGGCUACAUCUCACACAGUGAGCUGGAGAAGGUCCUUAGCACUAGAGGAGAGAAGAUGACCAGUGAAGAGGUGAAUGCCAUUUUCUCAAUAGGUGACACCAACAAAGACGGCAAGUUUGACUAUGCAGAAUUCUGCAGAUUGCUUGUGUCUACAGCAGAGCAGUGUCAGAUGGCUGCUCUCGAGAGGCUAGAGGCCGACGCCAAGCUGAAGAGACAGAACUUUGGCAGCCAGUCAGACAGCGCUCCAAAGAGCUCUGUGUCAUCCUCGUCAUCAUCAUCAUCAUCAGCAGCAGCAGCAGUAGCUCUCCCCCAGCCUCCAGAAACACCAAGGACAGAAUCAGACCCUGCACUAAAGAAAGACAGUAGAUCAUCGUCCCGACCUUCCUCAGCUCGUAGCAGACGGUCGUCCCUGUCAAACGCCAUCACCAUGACAUCCAGCAGCACUAAAGCCAGCAAAAUGCCAGAGUCCACAAAUGUACAGGACUGGCAUCACAGUUGCAUGAAGGGCUGUUUCUUCCUGGAGGAGGAUGGGAGUAUCAGCUCUCUGCAGUACUGUCUCACUGUGACCCAGACAACCAGCGUCCACUUCACCAUCCAACCACUCAGCCUCAGCCAAAGACCUGAUAAGUCUUCAUCCUGGAUGACUGUGGACACGGCUCUGUUUGUCAUGUCAGCAGGUGAAACCAAAGAGGAUUCGACUUUAAUGUGUUUCACAGAGUUGAGAGACAAAGAGAAGUAUGUUUGGAAGGGAGAGCUGACUGCUGGCACCUACUACCUGCUGCCCUUCACCAGCGGCUGCAGGCUGAGGAAGAGGAGCAAGAAGAGCCUUUCUAAUAAACCAGUUCAGCUAGUCUACAGGACUGACACAGCAGAGCUAGACCUCACCAGGGAGUUCAGGGAGGUGCUGUCUGAAAUCUUUGAGAUGAUAGACCUGGAUGGGAAUGGUUUGCUCAGUCUGGAGGAGUACAAUUUCUUUGAGCUUCGGACCAGUGGAGAGAAAUGUGACAAGGAAGCCUGGGCCAUCUGUAAAGAAAAUUUUGAUACCAGGAGGAAUCAGCUGACAAAGCAGGGCUUCAUGGAACUGAAUCUGAUGGAGGCCACAGAGAAAGAUGGAGACCCUGCAGACCUGUGGGUCACACUGGAAGCAAUGGGCUACAACCAUGCACUGGAGCUGGUGGAGGCUUGUCCAUUCCAGAUCGACGUGCACUGUGAAGGCACACAGCCGUCUGUCCAGCCACUCACUGUGGACUCAGGCCCCAGGCUGCUGAACCAGGCCCUGCAGAAGUCCAUCACUGCGAGGACAGAGCCGAGGCCACUGAAGGGACAAGACAAUGUCUUCAUCUACACCUACCGAGGAGAGCACAGAAUCUCCUCCCUCAUAGCCAACAAGACCAACCAGAAAGUGACAGUCCAUGUGAACAAUGAGCAGAGCAGGAACUGCUGCAGCAGCAGAGGCAUGAGUGUGUUUGCUGUGGAGGUGCCAGCCAGGACCAAGAUGGUGUGCCAACAUGUUCUGCCAAUCAACGAGAGACAGGAUUGGACCUACUGCAGUGUGGAAAGCAUACUACCCUGCCAGUAAUACUGUACUCCAAGAAAGAACUGAAAGCUCUUCUGUACUAAAACAGAACCACAGUGGGCCAAAAUCUAUUCCUAAGCCAGUGGUUUCUGGGAUCACAGCAGCACACACAUCCUCCCAACAGGAAUAGAAACUGUUCCAUACCAACUCACCAACACCUAUUCAUACAAGAUAGUUUUGAGCUGAUUCUCCCUCUAAUGUGCCUUUAUACACAUAACUGUGGUUUUACUCAAACUGUAGUAUAUUUUAUAGCUCUUUUAACAGAUAUGUAUUUGUAACUGUAUAGAUAAUAGUUUAAGUAGAAGGUGUCAAAGGAGUGAAUUGCAAGCAUGAAUGGUGCUUUUAUUUGUAACGUUUAUUUGUAAAGUGUGUUUGUAAUUGUAAUAUUAUUUGUAAUGGACUUGAGCACUUUCCAGCCAACUCUUCUCUGAAAUAUUUAAUAAUGUGUCUGCUGUUGUAGAGCCAAUCAUUGUAAAUUAUAUGUGCAUAUUAUAUGUAUUAUACAUGCCUUUUUGUUGCUGCAAAUAUAUUAAAUUGAAUUAGUCCUGAA